UGUGUUGUGUUUUCAGUCUUGGUCACGUUCAGAUAGAGGCUAGGCUUAGGUAUCCUCAGUUGAUGAAGCAAUUUCGAAAUACUGUAAUAUUUGAAAUUAUCAAGUGCUAAAAAUUGAAUUCUGUGGACUUGGUUUAUUGAGUAAACUCUGUGUUUUAUAGUAGUGUAGAACCGUUCCUCUCGUUUGACAGGUUUGUUUUAUAGGCUAGACCUCCACACACUGCUAGCCGCUAGCUAGGAGGGAGCUAGCAUUGUAGCAACAACAAUGAUGAGCGAGAAAACUGUGGCGUUUUCUGAAGAUGUUAUUAACGGUGAAUGGAUACGCCAUCUAGCAGGAUGGAUACAUGUGUCAAGUUAUAUAAAUCGUGUUUGCAAUCAGAAAUCUACAUCUGCAAGCAUACCUAUACAAUCACACCCAACUGGUAAUGAUGAAGAGAAUGAACCAAACAAAAUUGUAAAAUAUCGUGAUCAUGCCUGUUACAUUUUCUUUCCAAGAGGCGGUGCUAAGGAGACUGGCUUUUACUUCACUAUUGGAGAGGUUCUAAACCGCUUGGAUUUCUCGUCUGCUGUUCGAGACCCAAAACGAUUCAACUAUGUCUGUAGGAUUCUGGAAAUCAUAAGUGAAAACUGGUUGUCAUCUUUGAGUGGACUAGCCCAGAAAAAUUUUUUCCAUAAUGUGGAAGAAUCAGUUGUAGUUGUCACUGAAUCAAAACUGUUUGUGAACAGGUUGAAAAAAAUUCUACAUGUACUUUCAAGGGAACUCCAGAAUUCUCAUAUGUUUCACGUGGGUAGCCCUAAAACAUGGAACAAGUGGUUGGAAAUGGUAAAUGAUUGGAUCGAUCAACUCAACUCAAUAGAUUAUAAGCCUGCUGAAAGUGAAAGUGAAGCGAUAACAUUAACUGAUCUACCGGUUGACUGUAUAAACCACAUUAUGUCAUACCUGACAAAUGCAGAAGACAUUGUCAACCUUGGUGCAACUUGCAAAUACUUGCACACCACAAGCGAAUAUUCACUGCGAUGGGAAAGGCUGUGUCGUUUUAAUUUCACUGAAACGCAGAUAAAAUCUGUUUCUCAUAAAUUCUGUAAUACUGACAAUGAACUAAAUUGGAAGGGUCUGUAUGCGAGGCUAUACCAUCGUCAUGGUACGAGAGAGCUCUACAACAAUGUCUUGAAUAUGUGCAAUCAUUGCAAUUGUAUUUUUUGGAAGGAUGGUGGGCACCCAUGCUCGGCAGAAGUUAGCCCAGAGUUCAUGAAAAGACAAUUUUCAGAUGUGGUUGUGACACAUCAGAAUCUCACACCAGAAGAAUUCAUGAAACUCCUGCCAACGCCUUAGAAUAAAUAUGAGCGUGGAACAUUCUUUACAUUCUCAUAAAUACCAAACAAACCGAAAACUAGAAUUUUAUCAUGUGUAUAUUAUGACAUAUGUAUAUUAAAGUGAUCUAGAAUCGUAGCAUGUGUGAGUUGGUUCUGUGUGCUGUUGCACAUAGCCUUAUGCAAUAUAGACAAUCCAAUGUUUGUUAACCCUUGUGCAGAUAUACUCUAUGCUGUGGUGGUGGAAUUCCUUUGUAAAAUGGAAUGUGUUGACAGAUGACCAAUGGCUGAUAGCAGCUUCUCUGAUAAUGUACUCUGUUUAGAGUAAUUUUGACCUAGUUUCUGCAGUAUACUCAUUCUCCUAUCAAGAGGUUGUUUUUACUAUUGUAUGAACCAUGUGGAAUUGUAAAAAAUAAGUGAUUUUAGAAUUUUGAGACAAUUGGCGGCCACUUAAAGACAGGUAGAGAUGUUAGUUUAGGCAUUUUGUUAGAUUAGUGGCAAAUUCAGAAAAGUCUUGUUUGACGAAUUUAAAGAAAUGGAUACCUGUUCUAACAGUGACUCUCAUACUUUACAAAUGCUUUUAUUGUGGCAUUUAGAAGUUUAAUUUUAGUCUCAAAUCCCCAGAAAAAUAUGAGAUUAUAUCCUCCUGUCUAUAAAUUGUCAGUUUCUGGAUUACAUUGUGUAUUGAAAUUACUGUACAAAAUAACAGAAAAUUCCCUGUUAUGUUUCUGAUUUCCAUAAUUUGAAUCCAUACAAGACGUCAUUAAAAUUCCCAUUUGCCAAACAAAUUUCCUCAACAAAACACACUCAAGAAACCUGCCGUCAGUUGGAAGAACCUUGGAAAAUAUAAUGACUGGAUUUAAUCGGGUUCUUAUUGAUUCAACAAGAAAUCAGACAAUUUGGACCAUUAAUGUAAUCAAUAAUUUUUGUUUUUUUAAAUUUCUGAUAUCUUACAGCCAAAAUUUAGAAAUUCAAGGUCGGUUUUGGAACACAAGUUCAGGGAUUGACAACCAGGCGUUCAUUAAACAUUCUGUAGUGUUCAAUUUAAUGUUUUGUCAUUGGAAGUUGAAGUGAUAAGAGGCUAUCUUGAUGUGAUGCACAGACCUCUGAUAAUCAGUGCAAUUACUUGGCUCAUUAUGUAUGAAUUGAAAUUGUGACUUUCAUUUGAACUCCCAUAAUUUUUUUUUUUCUCUUAUGAUUACCCUUGAUGCUUUAUCAUCAAUUUUUCAAAAUACUGAUUAGAAACGUCAUCAUUGUAAAAAUUAAUUCUGAUUAAUCAGCCUGAGUAAGAAAUUAAAAUAGAGGAGCCAUUUCUGGAUUUAUUAAAAAUGGUAAUCUCUUCUCGCGCUUGGUUUGAGCAUGAGUAAUGGCUACUCUCUCAGAAUAAGAUCUGUGGUAGAGUAAAAUAGAUUCAAUUUAUGGAAGCCAUAUGGUUUAAUUGGCAUGACCUUGUAGCCUUUUAAAUCCUGGGGAAAUAAAUUCAAUACUGAGAGGUUAAGCACAGCAUUUAUUUAAAAGUUUCCAACACUUUGCUGACAUUUCCAAGGCAUAGGAAAAAUUAAAUUGACAUUCACUGACUUUCAGCACCAACUGCAACUGUGUGAUGAGAAAUAAAAAUCCUAUAUUUGCAUAUAAAAAGCUACAAUACAUAUAAACAUUGGCCACAUUUGGUACGUUUUGUCAAGAAUGAUUUUUUGUCGCGAAUUAUUUUUUCAUUCGACUGGAUUGAAAACCAAAAAAUUAUCAAAAAUCAGAGCAAUUUGCAACAUAUUAUCCCUGUGACCCAAAAAACAUGGCUGAUUAGUCAGUUUAGCAAACAAAUUUGUGUUAAUAUAAAUUAGAUUAGAUUGUAGAAAAUAAUUGAAAUAUUUGUCCAAAUAGCCAUUAUAGGCCAACAAAAUACAAGGAAAAAAAUUGAUGAUAAAACAGCCACAAGCCAAGACUAUACCUUAGUUACACUGAGUGUGUAUCAUGGUAACUAUUUAGCCAUUUUGUUUUGUUGAGUAUUUUUAGCAGUUUUCGUCUGUUCGUUUUUGCUAAGUACAUGCAGGAUUUUAUUACAACAAAGAACGAACUGUCGAAUACGGCAACUAUGACAGGGUUAUUAUUACAGCCAUAUGAUUUAUUUUUAUUGUUUAAAAUCAAUGAUAAUUGCAUUUUUAAUUGUUUUUUUUAUUGAAAAUUUAUAUUGAUACCAGUAUUUGCUUGUAAUGUACCAGUAUUUGCUUGUAAAUACGAUAAUGUAAACAUAUGCAGUUCAGCCAUGUGUUGCAAUGUAUGCGAGUUUCAUGGUUGAUUGACUAUAUACAUUUGAAAUAUAAGAUAUACUGUAGUGUGAAAUAAACAUUAUUUAUCUUUAGGAAUUUUCUGAAGGAUAAAAAAAUAAAUGGGAUAGCUACUUAAAAGUGAUUAAGCUUAAAAAAAUGUAAUAUGGUUUAAUGCAAGGGUACUUACUCAAAAGGGGCGUUUACAGCCAAACCACAGAAAUUCCCCUACCUCCUGGUUGUAGGUCCUGUGAAGUAGGUGGUAAUAUAAUUGUUGUCAUAGUUUGUUGUAAUAGUAUUGUUUCACAGCAUAACAUCGCUCAAAAUGUCCCAUAUGUAUACAGUCAGGAAAUUGUGAUUUGGAUUUGCGAACUGAUUAAAAUUGUAGAAUUCUUUGUAUUGUAUGUCUGUUGAAGAAUGCACUUUAUCAUAUUUUCAAGGGUGUAGAAAUAUUAUCUUUACUAUCAGAAAGUUUUGUAAAUAAUUUAUUAGGAUUCAAAUAAUGAAAAUAUUAGAAUCAAGCAUUUGGUUUUAAAAUACUGCACUUUGAUCCAGUGGUGGACCCAGAUUUCUUGCCAGUGUGGCGCGAGUGGGAAUCAAUAACCUAAUUUCCAAAUUGGGUGGCACCUAGAGGAAGGAUUUGUGGGUGUUCCCUUAACUAUUGUGGUGGUGUAGAGGACUAUUCCCCCUGGUUAAGCUUUGGGAUUCAGAUAUUUCAAUAUCCUAAUUGCUGUUGGGGGGGGGGGGGAGAUUCACCUUUCGCCACCCCGGAUCCACCACUGUCAUCGGUCAUAAAACUGAUGUUUUACAAGUUCAUUGCUAUAAUUAUAGAUAUAUAAAUAAUCUGACUUAUGACAUUAACAAUCAUGUUUGUGUAGGAUAAAGUGCAAAUUUAAUUAGGAGAGAAAAAAGAUACUGUUUAAGUCUUAAAUCUGCAAUUAUAAUAAGGCCAAAAUAAAGUUCUAUGCUAUAAAUAAGUGUGUAAAUAGUCCUGAUGACAUUAUCUAUAAUAUUUAUGUGAACUUAACUGAGCAGACAAAAUUGCGAGUUCAAUUGGAAGAAAGAUGAAACUUUAUUUUUGUAAAAUUGUUUUAAAGUUAAAUUUGCAGUUAUGUAAUAAUGUUGAGUAGUCCAAGCAGACCGAAAUUCAGCUCUGUCCACAACAGGGAGUUCUCGAUUUGUGCUACCAUACGUCGCUAGAAUGGAUUCACUCAUCCGUGACCGGGCGUCAUUUGGCCAAAUUGCGUCCUAGAUUCCAUGCGACCGCAAGAACUCGCAUGCACAGAUGACUUUGUGACGCCAUUACCUUCUACCAACUGAUCUCAUGGCCAUAUAUGGGCACAUCUUGCAAAUUUGUAACAUGACAUUUGAUAGUGUAGACCAGACCACAGGUGGGCAAAGUUCGGCCAGUGGGCCACAUGCGGCCCAAUGACAAUUUUGUUGCAGUCGCCUACCAUCUUUGUUUAUAAAACCCUAGUUUUUUUCAGCCUGACACUAAUCGUCAGUAAAAAGUACAUUAAAGACUAUAAAAGCUGAAUUCAGCUUUGUGCUAGCACGUACCAGUAGUGUUCAAAAUAACAAAUUACUGUGCUAGCACGUACCAGUAGUGUUCAAAAUAACAAAUUAACUUUACCCCUCCAACAGUACCGUAUCUAGAAGUCUUCAAAUGGGGGUGCGCGAAGGUGAAGUGGGGGGAGGGGCUCGAUGAUCAGUUGAGGGGUACUAAAUCGCAAAAUAUGGUGAUUUUAGGAGAUUUUUAUUACUACUUGACUGAUUUUUUGGGAUCGACUGGGGGGGGGUGCAAGUAAUUUUCUGGGGGAAUGCGGCCCUCCCCUAGAUACGCAACUGCCCUCCAAUUUUCAUGCCCACCCCUGGUGUCGACAGGGCUUUAGAAUUAAUAGGUGGUUAGGGUUUUUUUUUUUUUUUACUGUAGGCCUAACAAUAACAUUAAUGCAAAUUUGUUGUGCGCAGUCUAUAUGUAAGCUGGUUAAUUGAUUUAUUUUUUAUAUAACACAUCUACCUGUAAUUGUAUUUUGCUGCAUAUGGUGGUACUUUUCAGGUAGAAAAUUUAAAACAAUAGCAUAAAAUAUGCAAACAUGAUGUAGUUGUUGGACAUGGUUUAGUUUAUGGUGUAAUUUUCUUUUCUGUGUGUUUUAACAAGUCCUUGAGUAAAAACAUAACAGUCCUUACUUUGUUAUUUAACGACUUUAAACCAUGCUCAUAAAAAAUGUCAUUAUAAUUCAACUGAUUUCAUGCACUUUGAAAGACACAUAAAUAUUCAAAUUCCUCUUAAAAUUUUUGGAGUCCAAAAAAUUCAUACCUUUUUGGCAAAACAUACUUUAGUACAGUAAAUGCUAUUGGUUUGUAGAAUCAUUUACCUUAUGCUUUUAAACAAUUUUAAAAAUGUGUUAAAACAGCCCUUUCAAGCAUCCCAGUUUUAAAGGAUAAUCUUCUGCUAUGUCAUUUUUAGUUGUGGUAGGGAGCAGUCAUAAUGCUCCAUAGUUAUGGUCAGUUUUUGUAAAACUUGAAUUUAUUUUUGUGAUGUUUUUUCCUUUUGAAGGUUUAUUGUUAAUUUUACCUUAUGGCAUAGCAGUAAAUAUUACAAUUGCACAGCUGCUGUUCAGUAAAGUUAUAUUUGGUACAAACACAAAGUUAAUACUAUUAUAUAAAUAUUCAUUUGUACACUGGUUAAGUGCAUUGUGACUACGAGGAAAAGGCUUCUACUGUAUAUGAAUACUCAUAAAAAUAACAUUAUUUAACAUGUGUGAAACUCCUCAAUGAAAAACAUAUAGGGUUACAUAAAUGCUGGUAUAAAAGGUCACUUUUCACUGACUAGUUGAAAUGCAAAUACUAUUUUGGUUUAAUGACUGUUUUGAGAAUUGACAUUGAUAUUUAUCCAGAUGAUUUCACAGAAAGAUAUUGUGCUGCAACUUGUUAUUAGCUUUAGGCUUGAAUAAUGUUGAAUACUUAGCAGAUAUAUUGUUAUUAAUAUUAUGCAAACAACUUGCAUUAAAUGUUAUGAAUUUACUGGUUGUCUAUUUGUAACUCUCAUUUAUUGUGAUUUUGAUAAUUCCCCUAUUACCAAUCUAGCAGUUAAUCAUAUGAUAAACCUGUAUAUUCAUGGCCACUGCCACCAGAAAGAUAAUGUAGUGUAAGAUAAGUGAAUGUGGUAAAUGUAUGACGUAAAUUUCAAAUUAAACAUGUUUUUUGACACACA